UUUCUCUGCCCUUCUAUUUCAAACACCUAUCGAUUUACAAUGAGUUUAUUAAGACGAUUCAAGGCAACUGAUCUCUUUGAAUUCAAUAAUGUAAAUCUUGACGUCUUGACAGAAACGUACAAUAUAUCAUUUUACUUACAAUAUCUAGCACGUUGGCCAGAUCUCUUCUCUGUACAAAUAUCACCUCAUGACAAUCUUAUGGGUUAUGUGAUGGGUAAGGCGGAAGGGACUGGCCAGAACUGGCAUGGUCACGUUACGGCUAUCACAGUAGCUCCUGAAUACCGACGAUUGGGUUUGGCAGAUGGCAUGAUGAACUUGUUGGAACAAGUCUCUGAAAAAACAUACAAUGGAUGGUUUGUCGAUUUGUAUGUUCGAGUCUCCAAUGCAGUGGCAGUAGGCAUGUACAAGAAAUUCGGUUAUUCGGUCUAUAGGAGAGUGCGAGGUUAUUAUGGCGGAUCUCACGAUAGUGAAGACGCAUAUGAUAUGCGGAAACCAUUGGCAAGAGACACGAAAAAGGAAACCAUCAGAGAUAAUGGCGAAAAUGUAUAUGUUAAUCCAGAGGAAUUAGAUUCUUGGAGAUAAGAUAGUGGAUGACAACAGAAAAAAAAAAUAGAUUCUAUUGAUAGCUAGUUAGUUAAUUAGUUAGUUAGAUAAAUAUAUAUAUUGAUGGAUUUUGUAGAUAGGUUUUUGAUGGUUGAAAUUGUUUGAAUAAAGAAGAAUUGAA